GUAAUGUUGAUGUCUACACUCAAUGUACCCUUUUCUCCCUUUUUCUCUUAAACCCUUGAAAAUCCCUCCCCCUUUCUUCUUCCUCUCGCCUCUCUUCCUCCUUCCUUAUCCACCCAUCAAUGGCAGCCUUCACCGUUGCAGGCGCCAUCUACUCCACCCCAUUAUCCUCACCUUCUCAAUUAUCCUCUCGCCUCUCCAAAACUCACUCUUCUCUUCACCUUCCUCACAAUGCCCACCUCUCCAUAUCCACUCCCAAUCCCAUAACCUCUUCUUCUAACACCACUCGCACUCAUCCACCUCAUUCUCUUCAAAGCUCUCUUCAAUCAUCUUUCUCAAAUCCCCUUAACUCAAUCCUUUCUCACCCAAUUUCCAAAGCCCUUAUCAUCUCUUCUCCUAUUGGUCUCCUCAUCUUCUUCAUUGGCGGAAAUGGAGGUUCCAACAAUGGGGGUGGCGGAGGUGGUGGUGGUGGUGGCGGCAGCGGUGGUGGUAACUCAUGGUGGUCACGUUUUCUCUCACCUCAAGCUCUAGCAGAAGAUGAUAAUGAUGGUGGUUCUGAGAAUUGGGAUGCUCAUGGAUUACCAGCUAAUAUUGUUGUUCAACUAAAUAAAUUAAGUGGGUUUAAGAAAUAUAAGGUUUCCGACAUACUCUUCUUUGAUCAAAGAACUCGUACCACUGUUGGUACUGAAGAUUCAUUCUUUGAGAUGGUUUCUUUGAGACCUGGUGGUGUAUAUACUAAAGCACAACUCCAGAAAGAGCUUGAAACUUUAGUUACUUGUGGAAUGUUUGAGAAGGUUGAUUUAGAAGGGAAAACUAAUCCUGAUGGAUCUAUUAAAGUUUCUAUUAAUUUCUUUGAAAGUACUUGGCAAGCUGCUGAGAAAUUCAGGUGCAUCAACGUGGGGUUAAUGCCACAAACAAAGACAGUUGAGAUGGAUCCUGAUAUGACUGUAAAAGAGAACCUGGAUUUUUAUAUUAGCCAGGAGAAGGAUUAUAGGAGGAGGAUUGAAAAGGCUCGUUCAUGUCUUUUGCCACCUGCAGUUUACCGAGAUGUGAGGAAGAUAUUGAUGGAUAAGGGACUGGUUUCUGCGAGGUUGCUUCAGGAAAUUAGGGAUACAGUUCAGAAAUGGUACCAUGACGAGGGAUAUGCGUGUGCUCAAGUGGUCAAUUUUGGGAAUUUGAAUACCAAGGAAGUUGUUUGUGAGGUGGUGGAAGGGGAUAUUACUCAGUUGUUGAUUCAGUUCCAGGAUAAACUUGGGAAUGUAGUUGAAGGGAAUACAAAAUUUCCGGUUGUCUGGAGGGAGUUGCCUAAGCAGCUUAGAGUGGGCCAUGUCUUUAACAUAGAAGCAGGCAAGCAAGCUUUGAGAAAUAUAAACUCUUUGGGAUUAUUUUCAAACAUUGAAGUGAAUCCUCGCCCAGAUGAAAAGAAUGAAGGGGGGAUUAUUGUUGAGAUUAAGCUUAAGGAACUUGAUCAAAAGUCAGCUGAAGUAAGUACAGAGUGGAGUAUUGUUCCUGGGCCUCAAGGUCGUCCAACACUGGCUUCUAUACAACCAGGUGGGACCGUCUCUUUUGAACAUCGAAACAUCAAAGGUCUCAAUAGAUCAUUUCUUGGUUCAGUAACCACUAGUAACUUCCUUAAUCCACAGGAUGAUCUUUCUUUCAAGUUUGAAUAUGUGCAUCCAUAUAUCGAUGGUGUAUAUAAUCCACGCAACCGAACAUUCAAAACUAGUUGCUUUAAUAGCAGAAAGUUGAGUCCUGUGUUUACCGGUGGCCCCGGCUUAGAUGAAGUUCCUCCUAUUUGGGUUGAUAGAUCAGGUGUGAAAGCAAAUAUUACUGAGAAUUUCACACGACAAAGCAAAUUUACUUAUGGGCUCGUAUGUGAAGAGAUAACAACACGGGAUGAAAGCAGCCAUAUUGCCACAACUGGCCAAAGAAUUUUGCCAAAUGGUGGAAUUAGUGCUGACGGACCUCCAACAACGUUAAGUGAAACUGGUGUUGAUCGUAUAGUUUUCACACAAGCAAAUAUUACACGAGAUAAUACAAAGUUUGUUAAUGGAGCUAUAGUUGGUGACAGAAAUGUGUUUCAGGUAGACCAAGGGCUUGGGAUAGGCAGUAAAUUCCCAUUUUUCAAUCGGCAUCAACUGACAUUUACAAAGUUCCUCCAACUGAAGCAAGUAGAAGAAGGCGCUGGGAAACCACCACCACCUGUUCUUGUUCUUCAUGGUCACUAUGGUGGCUGUGUGGGAGACCUUCCGAGCUAUGAAGCUUUCACCCUUGGGGGACCAUAUUCUGUUAGGGGCUACAACAUGGGGGAACUCGGUGCAGCGAGAAACAUUCUUGAGCUUGCUGCUGAACUGCGGGUACCUGUCAAAAACACACAUGUUUACGCUUUUGUGGAACAUGGAAACGAUCUUGGUAGCUCGAAAGACGUCAAGGGUAAUCCAACUGAAGUUUAUAGGAGAAUGGGCAAGGGCUCAUCUUAUGGAGCUGGCGUGAAGCUAGGACUUGUUCGAGCCGAGUAUGCUAUUGACCACAAUUCUGGUACUGGAGCACUAUUCUUCCGGUUCGGGGAAAGGUUUUAAGCUCGACGCAUUAGUUAAUUCAAGUUGAUUUAGUUUUUGAUAGGUUCAUGUAUAAUAGAGAAAUAAGUAGUGCUUUUUGUGAGGGUGAAUGGCGGAUAUUAGGAAUAUAGCUAGCUCAUUAGAACGGCUUUUUCUUUUUUUCCCCUUGUACAAUAGAGCAUUCAGUUCAAAUCAUCCAUACUUCCCUUAAUGU